CAGCAAAUAUUUAUUGAGCGCCUACGUGCCAGGUGCUGUGCUAAGUGCUGGAAAUUCAGCAGUGAAUACAGAGAUGUGCCUGCUGUUACGAAGCUGACAUUCCCGGAUGGGUCAAUACACAUUUUGAAAUGAAUGAGUAAACGAAAGAAAAAAAAAAUUAUUACCCAGUAAUACGUUUUCAGGAGAGGAGCAACAUGACCAUUUUUGAGUUUUAGCUGAACACAGAGAAAUCUCACUUUUUCUGCUAAAAUAACUCAAAUCCGUGCAACUAGUCGCAACCUCAAAGGUGAGUCAGGCUUGCAAGAACUCAGAGCCUUGGGGGUUGAGAGUCCCAGAUGCUGUUUAAUUAUCUUUAGGUGACACCCCGUAUCUGCAAGUUCCAGAUGUUCAUGCAAGAUAAAACCAUGUGUUUUUUUUCUGUUUUUUUGCUUUCGUAGGCCUCACCGCCAGCCGCCCGCCAAGCUGCUCCGCACGUGCACUUCGCGGAGCCCAGGAGACCCGCAAAUCCAGUUGCCGCAAGCCGCCGGGGCUGCGCAGCGCGGACGCACGCCCAGGCCCGCGUGAUCCGGGACGAACCAUCUGUGCCCGCCGAGGGGGGGAUGGCAGCUCAGCUCCGCGCGGAGUCAGGGCCCGGACGCUAGGAGUCCCGAAGCAGCGCGGCCUGGGGUCCCUUCUCGCAGGACGGCCGGGGAGAGGCGGCUUUGCCAGGGCGACGGGGCUGGAGCUGCGGGCGGGGUCAGCCUUCUCGCGGGUUCCACACCUCCCCACACCUCCCGACGGUGAACUCGGCUGCAAGGCCCGGGCCCACCGUUCCGGCUCCAAGGUUUCCCACCGGGGCUGGGGCGUGGAGAUCGCGGCGGCCGGAGGUUCCGUGCGGGAGGUGGGGGACGGGGUCGGGGUGUCUGGCGCCCGUUGGGCACACGCGGUGCGCGCUCGGGGUCGUCCCAGGAGGGACCGGUGGACGCAUCACAGACCUCGCGCGUCCCACCGCCCCCUGGCCUCCGGGACCGCACUUCCCGCGCCGGCUAGCAUGGCGGACAGAAAACUGGUGGUGGUGUUUGGAGCCACAGGUGCUCAGGGAGGCUCAGUGGCCCGGACGCUCCUGGAAGAUGGGACGUUCAGGGUUCGAGUGGUAACACGGGACCCUGGGCAGAAGGCAGCAAAGGAGCUGGGGCUGCAGGGUGCAGAGGUGGUCCGGGGAGACCAGGAUGACGAAGCCAGCAUGGAGCUGGCCCUGAGUGGGGCCCAUGCUGCCUUCAUUGUGACCAACUACUGGGAAAACUGCAGCCAGGAGCAGGAGGUCAAGCAGGGAAAGCUGCUGGCCGAUUUGGCCAAGCGCCUGGGCCUUUGCUACGUGGUCUACAGCGGCCUGGAGAACAUCAAGAAGCUGACGGGUGGGAGACUGGCAGGCCACUUUGAUGGCAAAGGGGAGGUAGAGGAAUAUUUCCGGGACAUCGGAGUUCCCAUGACCAGUGUGCGGCUGUCCUGCUAUUUUGAGAAUCUCCUCUCCUACUUCCUGCCCCAGAAAGCCCCCGAUGGAAAGAGCUACUUGCUGAGCUUGCCCAUGGGUGAUGUGCCCAUGGAUGGCAUAUCUGUGACCGACCUGGGUCCCGUGGUGCUCAGCCUGCUGAAGAUGCCGGAAGAAUACGUCAGCCGGAACAUUGGGCUCAGCACCUGCAAGCACACAGCAGAGGAGUACGCCGCCCUGCUCUCCAAGCACACUGGGAAGGCCGUGCGCAAUGCCAAGACGACCCCGGAGGACUAUGAGAAGUAUGGCUUCCCUGGCGCCCGGGACCUGGCCAACAUGUUCCGUUUCUAUGCCCUGAAACCUGACCGUGACAUUGAACUGACCCUGAGGCUCAACCCCAAGGCCAGGACACUGGACCAGUGGCUGGAGCAGCACAAAGGAGACUUUGCUGGCCUCUGACCCCGCCAUCUCUCAGCCCCGUCUGGAGGCACGGGGAAGUGUCACAGUGAUCCGUUCUUGUGUUACAAAAAAAUUAUUUUUUAAAUAAAGGCCAUUGUUCUCACA